UCUCUCAGAACGCUCGCACCAUCCAAAAUUCAAGAUCCUACCAGACCUCGUAGCACACACUACACUAGCCAUGAAGCCGGCUCAGCUCCUGUUCGCGGCCCUCGCGGUCCUGCUGCUGUGCGCGGCGGCGGCGCCGCGGGGCGCGGAGGCGGCGACGUGCGACGCGACGCAGCUGACCCCGUGCGCGGGCGCCAUCAUCGGGAACUCGCCGCCCACCGCGGCGUGCUGCAGCAAGAUGAGGGAGCAGCAGCCGUGCAUGUGCACGUACGCGCGCGACCCAAACCUGCAGCGCUACGUCAGCUCGCCCAACGGCAAGAAGGCCAUGGCCGCGUGCAAGGUGCCCGUGCCGUCCUGCUAAUUCCGUUGUUGGCACUGCCGCGUGCGGCCGGCCUCUGCGCUUGCUGUGGACUCGGUGGCGUGGCCCACUUCACAGGGACACUAUUAUGCAGCAGAGGCACCGUGGUGUCGCUUGUUUCCGUACCGUACGUAUACGUACUUAGUGCCGCGUAUGCCGGUAUGCGUAUUUAUUUCCGUGAGGUGUUGAUCAGUUGAUGUACUCCCCUGCUUGUAUCUACCGAGCUCUAGUCUUCGGGUUGAUACGUGCGCGUAUAAAUAAAUAAUGUAAUAAUGAUGUAUGUACUAUAUACAGUAUGUGUUUGUUACAAGAGAAUCUCCGGUACUCCCAA